AUAGCUGCUGACGUAGCAAAGAGUUGUGGUACAUGUAUAUGAUUCGUUUUCACCAUGAAAAUGCCGGUAUUUACGGAGCCGGACACGGACGAGGUUUUUGUAAAUAACCUUUCCUCCUCUGAUUACGAUGACAGACUUCAAGCCGUAACUAAUAUAAAGAAUGCUGUCAUUGGUAAUAAGGCAAAGAAAUCCUCGUUCAUCAGACUUGAUAUUAUACCAAAGAUACUUCAACUACUUAUGCAAGAUGAUACUGGGAUUGACUUUGUUGUGGAGUCAGUUGUACUGUUAGGGAGUCUGGCAAGAGGUUCAGCUGAGAAUGUCCAAGCUCUUAUAGAUGCAAAAUCUCUGGAUGUGUUCUUAAAAGGAAUUUGUCAUUCAGAUUCUCGAGUUGUUGAAGCAUCUGUCAGAUCACUGAGGACAGUCUAUGAAUCUUCAUGUGUACCAGUCAUUGAGGAUCAAAGCAUAGUACCACAGCUUGUCAACCUGUUGUCUAGUUCUUUGUCUAAUGCGGAGGGAGCUGCAGCAAUCUUAUCCAAAUGUUGUCAGGGUCCAGCACAUCAGGCUUUGUUAUGUAAUAUGGGAGCUGUCACAGCCUUACUGCCACUUUUGGUCUGUGAUAUUCCCAAGAUACAACAGCCAGCACUUCAGUGCUAUGCAUCUAUGUCAUUUCAAAAUGGGGCUGUGUCAAUUGCUAUGAAGUCAGCAACACAUCAAGGUGAGCAGCUGGUUCAAAUAUUUACUAAGCUGCUGUCAAGAGACAGACCCGAUGAGAUUCAGCUUGGAGCUGCAAAGUGUUUGACAAACAUGCACAGGGCAGGGGCAGUACCAGCAGCAGAACAUCAUUCGCUACUGAUCAAGGUUCUUGCCACAGUGGUCAGAAUGUGUAAAUUGGACAAAAACCUCACCGUCAGAGCUGAGGCAGCAGAGACAUUAGCAUUCCUCAUUGAAGAAGACACAGAGCUGCAGAGGACGGCAGCCAUUUCUGAUCACUUGAUUAAAACGCUAACUGGCUUCUUGGUCAAAAGUGACUUGGACGACAGCUCUUACGCUCUCAUGAGAGAGAGUGCAUUCAAAGCUCUUGCCUCUGUUGGCGCAAACGAUGAAGACAUCAGGAAAAAGAUUAUUGAUAUCGAAUGCACCAUGGAUCACGUGGUGUCCGGUCUAGAGGAUCCCAACACAAAUGUCAAGUUAGCUGCAGUGAAGUGUCUCCACAGCCUGUCGCGUUCUGUGCAACAGUUAAGAACUAGUUUCCAGGACACGGCGGUUUGGAAGCCCAUUAUGAAAUUACUUCAGGACGCCAAUGAUAACAUGAUGACUGUGGCCUCCUCUGCACUCUGUAAUCUGUUGCUGGAAUUCUCUCCCAGUAAAGAGCCCAUAUUAGAAGCAGGAGCCGUCAACUUGUUGUCAAAUUUAACCAGGCGCUCAGAAACUGCACUGCGAUUGAACGGGGUCUGGGCUCUAAUGAAUAUGGCUUACCAGGCAGAUGAAGGAACUAAAAAUAAAAUACUUGAAGUGUUGGGACCAGAGCAGCUUUUCAGCCUUCUUGAUGAUCCAGACACACAAGUGACGAUGAAAACGCUGGGUCUGAUGAGGAAUCUGUUGUCAGGGCGUGAGGAUAUUGAUCGUAUCAUGCUCCUUCAUGGCGCGCGGAUUAUGGAUAGUGUGAAGCCGAUACUGGACAGUGAGACACGCACUGAGGAUGUCAAAGAACAGGCGUUGUGCGUGAUCGCCAACAUCGCCAAUGGUUCCUCAGCCAAGGAAUUUGUGAUGAGAGACGAGAUUCUGCUCAAACGACUCAUGCAUUACAUGAUGAACGACAGCGUUAAGCUACAAAUGGCAGCCACAUACUGUGUCUCCAACCUGGUGUGGAGCACAGAAGAGGGUGCUGUGGACAGACAGCAAAAGCUUCGCGAUCUUGGAGUGCAAAAAUUACUGCAGUCCCUGCUUACAACAUCAGACGUCAAUCUGUUUGAAAGGGUUAAAACUGCACUUCAACAGUUCACGUGACGCUAUGACGCCAACGGAAUUCCUGUACAAAGUUCAGCUUUUUAAUAAAAUAGUCAUUGUUUCCACUUUCCACUAGUUAUAGCAAAGCAAUAACAUAAACAAUGAUGAAAAUAAUAGUAACGAUAAUAAAAUUGAUAAGAAUAAGUACAAUGAUAAUAUAUUCGUAAACAAGUUAAACUUUCACCUUUGACCGUCUUUCUAAAAGCAUAGGGUGUCCCAACGAAGAGCAGCAAUUCUCUUAGAUUCUAUCACACCUUUCCUAAUUCUGAACCGUUUUGUGCAACAACUAACUGGAUUUUUAGUGGCAUAUGGGUAACUGAUUACACACAAGAAAGUUAACUGUUAACAGUCACCUUGGAACUACCAUCAAAGUUUUAUUUGGGAGUUAAAAACCUUCAAUUUGGUUCAAACUUGUUAUUGUAUUAAUAAUGGUAAUAAGAGUCUAAUUUGGUCUGUAAUCAUGUGAAUGAUUAAUAAAAUCGGACGACCGCGAAGCGAGAGUCCGAUUUGUUAAUUACGAGUAUAAUUACAGACAGAAUUGGACGAAACGAAGACUGUGAGUUGGCUGUAAUCGGACAGUUGAAGCAGCCAAUCAUACCAAGUUCACUCGGCUAAAUCUACCAAUCACAGAAGUGAUCACAAUAACUGUAGCAACAACCACUUCUCCGAAGAAAAACUGGGGAAUUUCAAAAAUGGAGGAACUUUUUACUUUAGCCAUUGUCUUCACCGGAGAUAUUUGUUCCAGAUAAGUUUGUUUUUUCGGAAAUUGUAAUGGUUAUGAUUAAUUGGUUACAGGACUUCGUGUCGUCCUAUUCUGUCUGAGUCCGAUUUUGUCAAUCACUCAUAUGAUUACAGACCGAAUUGCAAGACUCCGCUCAUUCUUAUUACCAUUAUUACAAAGCAAUUUGUGAAAAAUAAAGCGGUUAGU